UUUUUUUAAUUCACAAAAGUUGGACAGAAAAGCACAGAGCAAAGACUUUGGCAAUCUCUCUUUUCCCUCUCUCUCUGUGAAGAAAAACUCAGACGUAGAAUCUCUCUCUUUUUCUGUUUCUGGGACUGUGUUCCUCUGAUCUAUGCUCUGCUUAGCUGAAAAAUCAGGUUUUUCAGAGAUUCACCCAAAAAAAAAAAAAAAAAGGAGAGGAAUACAUAUAUAUAUAUAUUCGCUGAAAUGUUUUCGUUUUGAUCGUUAAGGGCCAAGGUUUUGAACAAUUUACCCUUGAAAUUUGACUGUUGGAUCAGAGUUUUUUUUUCGGUGGUUGUGGGAUAUUUUUUGGGUUUUCUUCAUUUAAUAUCCGAGCUGAAUAGCUUUAUUUUUCAGUCUUGGGUUUAAUCAUUGUGUUUUUUGGGUAAUGUGAAUUUUGGUCAGAGACCCAUCAGAGAGCUGGUAGGUGGGUAGGGAAGGAAAAAAGAAAAUUAUAGAAAGAAGGAAAAAAAAAAAAAAAAAAGAAAGAAAAGGGAGAUUGACUGGUAGAUGAGAGGAAGAGGGAGUGAGAGAGAGUUGAGACGGAGCCCUAGAAAGAUGAAAACUUUGCACCCAAAAGCCUUCUUUGGAAUUCUGAGUUAAGCCCAGAAUAUUUUUCCCUUUUUGUCUAUUAGAUUGAAUCGAAGAAAACCCUAGAAAAAAUUUCUCAUUUACUCAUGCCGACCGACUUAGAUAAUUCAUCUACGGCUUCAGGGGAAGCCAGCGUUUCUUCCUCUGGAAACCAAACAGCACCACCCAAAUCAGCCGCCAAGAAAAAGCGAAACCUUCCUGGAAUGCCUGAUCCAGAUGCGGAGGUGAUUGCUCUGUCUCCGAAGACUCUGUUAGCCACAAACCGAUUCGUAUGCGAAAUUUGCAACAAAGGAUUUCAGAGGGAUCAGAAUCUGCAACUUCAUCGGCGGGGUCAUAAUCUGCCAUGGAAGCUGAGACAGAGGUCGAGCAAAGAGGUGAAGAAGAGGGUCUAUGUAUGCCCGGAACCUUCUUGUGUUCAUCACGACCCAUCGAGAGCUUUGGGGGAUCUUACUGGGAUUAAAAAGCAUUUUUGUAGGAAACACGGCGAGAAGAAGUGGAAAUGCGAUAAGUGUUCGAAGAAAUACGCUGUUCAGUCGGAUUGGAAAGCUCAUUCCAAAAUUUGUGGCACCAGAGAGUAUAAAUGCGAUUGCGGCACCUUAUUUUCAAGGAGGGAUAGUUUCAUCACGCACAGGGCGUUUUGUGAUGCUUUGGCCGAAGAGAGCGCAAAAGCUCAAACUCAGACUCAAUCACCAGCAAAAAUUAAUUCGGAAACAGAGCCAAAAGUUCAGCCAGUCAAUUCUCCACCUCCACCUCCUUCUUCUCCUCUUCCCCCUCCUCCAUCAGCACCACCGCCAGAACCAGCUCCUCCUCCACCACCACCACCUUCAUCAAAGGCCUCUGCCCCAUCAGCUCCUUCUCAGUCAACUGGUGUAUUAUCCACAUCUCUGCCGAUUCAAACAUCAGAGUUACCGGAAAAUCAUCCCCCACGAAUUUUAGAAGACACUCCUGCUGCGGGAUUAAAUGGGAGUUCCGGCACCAGCUCAAGCUCAAGCAGCAAUGGCAGCACAAGCAACAGUGUAUUCGCAAGCUUAUUUCCUUCAACAACUGCUUCAGCAACUUUGCAACCCCCUCAACAUCCUGCAUUUACCGAUUUAAUUCGAGCCAUGUCUCGUCCCGAACACCCCACGGAUUUAGCACCGUCUUCAUCAGUAGAACCAAUUUCACUUGGUCUGUCAACCAACCAUGGUUCCUCGAUUUUCGGGACUGCAGGGCAGGAACGAAGACAAUAUGCACCUCCACCACAACCAGCCAUGUCUGCGACAGCACUACUUCAGAAAGCUGCUCAAAUGGGUGCGGCGGUGUCGAAUGCUUCGUUGCUACGAGGUUUUGGGCUCGUUUCCUCUUCGUCUUCGUCCGGGCAUCAGGAAAAUCUGCAAUGGAAUCAGAGGCAAGUGGAUCAAGAUAAUACUUCCUCUUCGGUUCCUGCAGCACUGGGACUUGGUCUUCCUUGCGAUGGAGGUUCUGGAUUGAAGGAAUUGAUGAUGGGAACUCCUUCCAUGUAUUGUCCAAAGCAAACCACACUUGAUUUUCUUGGAUUGGGAAUGGCUGCUGGAGGUAGCCCCAACGGUGGUUUGUCGGCGCUGAUGACGUCCAUCGGUGGAGGAAUUGGUGCCAAUCUUGAUGUAGCUGCUGCUGCUGCUGCAACUUCAUUUGGAGGUGGAGAAUUCAGUGGCAAAGACAUUGGAAGGAGCUCGUGAAAAAUGGUCAAAACAGGAAAAAAAAAAAAACAGAGCCGGCUCAAACUUUACCUGUGGCCGUAGGCGAGAAAAAGUUAAAAAAAAAAAAAAAAUGUAUAGUAUUUUCAUAUCAAUGAUAUUAAUUAAUUUAUGUAAACAGUAUAUUUUAGUUAAAUUUUAUUUUUCUUGCUUUCGAUUUGAA